AUGACAGUCACCAAGAUUGAAAUCCCCACCAUCGAUCUGCGGGGAUACUACGAGCCCACCUCCCCAACCAGUAAAGAGGAGGUGGUCGCGCAGGUCCGCGCCGCUUGUCUGGAACAUGGGUUUUUCCAAAUUGAGGGCCACGGGGUCUCGCUGGAAGUUCAGCGAAACAUGCUGGCCGCAUGCAAGACGUUCUUCGACUUGCCGACGGACCAGAAGGCGGAGCUCUCGCUGUAUAAGAACACCUGGCGCCGCGGGUAUGAGGGGUACGGAGAGCAGACGCCGCAUCAUGCCGUCUUGCCAGAUCAGAAGGAGGCAUUCUUCGUCGGAAGGGAUCUCCCCGAGGACCAGAUCGGAUUCCUGAAAGGACCCAACGUCUGGCCGGAGCAGGUCCCCACGAACCAGUUCCGUGGACCCGUCGAAGAGUACUUCGAAGCCCUGCUCAAGCUUGGGCACAGGGUCAUGGAGGUCCUCGUCGUGGGCAUGGGUCAUCCUCCCAGUAUUCUCGAUUCCUUCACAGGCAACGCAGCAAUGUUCCUCAAACUUCUCCGCUACCCCGAACACACCUUCACUGACCCCAGGGUCUUCGGCUCCGGUGCGCACACCGACUACGGGGGCCUCACCAUCCUGCUGCAGGACCCCGGAAAGCAUGGUCUUGAGGUCUAUCACGCCGCCACGGAACAGUGGAUCCCCGUUCCCGCCGUUGAGGACCGAUUCGUCAUCAAUCUGGGGGACAUGGUGCAGCGCUGGACGGACGGGGAGUACAAGAGCAACCUCCACCGGGUGAUCAACAAGGCGAGUGGGGAGCGCUUCGCGGUGCCCGCUUUCUGGCAUGGAGAUUUGGAGGCGACGAACCCGCUGAAUCCUAACGAUACGAGCGGGGAGACGGUCCAAGAUUUCAUCCGGAAGAAGUUCUAUCGCGACUAUUCGCUCCCGUUGGCAGAGGAGAAAGGGUCUGCCGUUGCUGUUUAA